AGCCCACCGGGCCACAUAGUUUCACAGCAAGGCCCAAACAGUGACAAUCUUUCAAUCUAGGUCUCUGUUUCCUGCUUCUUGUAACUGGUUCAGUAGGGGAAGAAGAAGAAGAAGAGAGAGAGAGAGGGUUCAGCAAGGAGCAACAAUGGCGGGGAAGGUGUCGAAGGCAGCAUACGAUGCGAAGAUGUGGAAGCUUCUACGAGAGUACAGCCAGGUGCUGGUGGUUUCAGCGGACAACGUUGGGUCGAACCAGCUUCAGGGGAUACGGAGGGCGCUGCACGGUGACUCAGUGGUGGUGAUGGGGAAGAACACGUUGAUGAAGCGCUCUAUCAUUGACGAUGCAGAGAAAACUGGCAACAAGGCCUUCCUCAACCUCGUUCCUCUCCUUGUGGGGAACGUGGCGUUGAUUUUCACCAAAGGUGACUUGAGGGAGGUUAGCGAACAGAUUGCAAAGUACAAGGUCGUUGAUCCUAUUCUCAUGUGCCCUAAGUACAUGACAUACGACUCAUACCGCACUUGUUCCUAUUUGCAAUCAGGACAAUUACCCUUAGGCCUCACGUGUUGUAACCAGCAAUCUACACAGACUUCAGAGCCUUUUCUGGUCAGCUCAAAAUUCUUGCCACACCAGCAUUGUCAUUUGAUGAGAUCAAGACAGUUUUUGAUGACCAGUAUAUGGGCACCUUUUCUCCUUUUGGCUGGUAACUUGUGAUGUGUAAGAAGUAUUUUGAUUUUUAUUUAUAGUUUUGUUAAGAGAAUGAUUGUCACAGUACUGAUCCUUUCCUUGAGCACUGUGGCCUUUCAAACUCUUUGUAUUUUGAAUUCACCCUUUUCAGGAGUGAUGGCAAAUAAAUAUGAUUUUGAUUAGGAUUGAGUUCUGAUGUAAGGUUUUUUUAAUGUGCUCGGGAAUUCUAUCCUUUAUUUGGAUAAGGAUAUGACAAUACAUGUAUUAUCUGAUUUGUUAAUGAAUUAUCCCAUGUUUAUUGCUUU